AUGUCGGAACAUUUGGUCGUUAGUUUAUUCUUUACAGACAAUAUUGCCUUGGGAAAACAUGCAAAGCAGUUGUAUCCAAUUCAACCUUCUUUAUGGGCAGCGGAUCUAGCAGUGGACGGUAUGCGAUCAGACCUAUCUUCUUAUGGGGAACAGUGUACAAUAUCAGCAGAUGAGAAACAAACAGCGAAGUGGUGGGUGGAUCUCGGAGGUGUCCUCAGUAUACAUCACAUAACUAUAUACUACAGGACGGAAAAUAAGGGCUGGGGUAGUAACUUUCAGGGGAGGUUUCUAGGCUUCCAUGUCUACGUAUCCAACACAACCAGCAGACGAGACGGUCAUAUGUGUUUCCGUGAUACGAGCUACACAAAAUAUAAUAUACCACAAGUGGCCAAUAUAACCUGUCUAGUACACGGACAAUAUGUUAUCUAUUACAAUGAAAGACUUCCAGGGACUACCUAUCCUUAUGGUUAUUCUAGAUAUGCAUUCAAUGAACUCUGUGAAGUCGAGGUUUAUGGUUGCCCUGUACCCGGUUAUUAUGGAUCUAACUGUUCUGUACCUUGUCCUGACACAAACUGUCGGUACUGUCACAUAGAGACUGGAGCCUGUCAGGGAUGUAAACCUGGAUACCAGGGACAUCAGUGUGGAUUGCAAAACCUUGCCUUUCAAAAGCCCUCGCAGCAGCUGUAUUCCUAUUACCGCUUUGCACUGGGAGCGGAUCGCGUGGUGGAUGGUAUGCGAUCAGACCUGUCUUUUUAUGGAGGGCAGUGUACACUAUCGAGAAACAGUCAGCAAACGGCGAAGUGGUGGGUGGAUCUAGGACGUGUCGUCGGAAUACAUCACAUAACCAUAUACUACAGGACAGAAAACAAUCCUUGGGAUGGAAAUGAAUACAGGGGAAGAUUUCUGGGCUUCCAUGUCUACAUAUCUAACACUACCAGCAGGCAAGACGGUCAUUUGUGUUUUCGCGAUAAGAGCUACACACUAUCCACCAUACCGGCCGUGGCCAACAUAACAUGUCUAGUACACGGACAAUAUGUUAUUUAUUACAAUGAAAGACUCUCAGGAACUACCUACCCUGAUGGGUAUUCUUCCUAUGCAUACAAUGACCUUUGCGAAGUCGAGGUUUACGGUUGUUCUGUACCCGGAUAUUACGGAUCUGACUGUUCUGUGCCUUGUCCUGAUAGAAACUGUCGGCACUGCCAUAUCCAAACUGGAGCCUGUUAUGAGUGUAAACCUGGAUACCAGGGACAUCGAUGUGAAUCACUUUGUAGUACUCAAUAUUAUGGAGAAAUCUGUAAACAGACCUGUGGUAACUGCAGUGAUGGGGUGACAUGUAACAAUGUGGACGGAACCUGUCCAAACGGAUGUGACGUCGGUGUCUACGGAGACAAAUGCAAAACACUUUGUCCUGUUGGUUGGUAUGGGAAGAAAUGCUCACUACCGUGUGGAGGCUGUGACACGUGUAGCAGAUUUACAGGACAAUGUACAUCUCCCUGUUAUCCGGGCUGGAAGGGAACAUAUUGUACAGAAAAAUGUGACGGACGAAAAUACGGGGCUGGCUGUAAUAAAGACUGUGGAACCUGUCUAGGUUAUACACAAUGUCACCACAUAAACGGAUCAUGCCUUCAAGGAUGUCAUUCGGGAUAUCAAGGAGAGCUUUGUAAAACUGUUUGUAUGACGGGCUAUUAUGGACAUAAUUGUACAACAGAGUGCAGUCUUUUCUGCAAGAAACCACGUAUAUGUAACCAUGUGUCUGGUCACUGCAAUGAUGGUUGUGUCGGUGGAUGGCAGGGGCUGUAUUGUCAAAGAGCUAUAUCUGAAAAGAAAAGCGAUAAUCCGGAGUUGUCCAGAUUUUAUGGUAUGCUAGCAGCAUUGAGCGUCUGUGUAACAGUGAUUGCAGUGUUGGUUACCUAUAUUUGUAUUAAAAGGAGACAAUAUGGAAGGCGCAGGGAAAAUGAAUACCUUGAAAGCGAUGAAUCUCAGACAGGAACAGUGAACCCAUCGACAAUAUCUGGAAGAGGAAAUGAACGCAGGGACAACACGUACCUUGGGCUUAGUGAAUUAGGGCCGUCAUCAACCUACGACACGCUGAGAUAAGCGCUCAGUUUGUUUCAUUUUUUAGGGGACUGGAUAAUUUUUAGCUUGUUUUUUUUUUUUUUUACAAAGAACGAAAUAUAAAACAAACAAUAAAAGAUGGAAUGGCACGAUUAAACCUUGAUUUGCUGGUAGAGUCUUUUUUGUGUUAUUACUUAUUUGCAUAUUUCUGUAGCACAGCAUAAUAUAUUUGUUUUGAAGAUUUUUAGGUUAUUCGUGUACUUACUAAUUUACCCAAGAAAGGAACUUGAUCACUAUUGCAUCUAAUCCUAACCCUAAGAGCCCCCACUUUGUAUAUCUGUAUAUUGCUUUCAUAAACUGUGAACUGGUGUAUGCAAGGUGAAGAUAACGAACAGUGAUCAAUCUCAUAACUCCUACAAGAAAUACAAAAUAGAUAGUUGGGCAAACACGGACCCCUGGACACACCAGAGGUGGGAUCAGGUGCCUAGGAGGAGUAAGCAUCCUCUGUUGACCGGUCACACCCGCCGUGAGCCCUAUAUCCUGAUCAGAUAAACGGAGUUAUCCGCAGUCAAAAUCAGUGUGCCAAGAACGGCUUAUGUACAAAAUGAAUAUUGUUCCAUGUAUAAAUGGGCUAGAUAUAUUCACAACAUUUACAUUUAUUUCACUUAUACGGUGUAUAAGAUAAUAGUUUUCAUUUAUUUGUCGUUCAACUAUAUUGGUAAAUAAUUUUAAAACUUUUAAAACCCGUUGUUAGAUGAACAUGGGUUUAAAUGGUAUCAUCACGCCCUAGGUUUUAGAGGAUAAUACAUUUUGCUGCUGGAAACGUUGAGAUGAACUGUAAAAUUUCAGGAAUAAAUACCACUGGCGAUAGAUAGUUACAUUCUAAAAUUUGUUCCAAAUAGCUAUGUUUAGAGCGAAAGAUAUUGGGUAUUGAAGUAUUUUUUUUCAAUACGGGAUAUUAAAACUAGAAAAUUUCGGAACUCUUCAGAAAAAGAAGUUACGAAAAUUAUGCGUCACUUGGGCAAUCCUUAUAUACAAAUUAGUGAUGGCUAAAGACGACUCAUUUCUGAUAUAAAAACAUAUGCCUGGUUUAAAGAUUAUUUUUCAGAAUGUUGUAAGUGAAUGUACUUGUACUAAAACAUGAGUUAUUGGAUUAAACUUUCUGAUGUUUGGUAGCAGAUAAAACAAAAGAAAAAUUCUAUUUCCUACACCGAUGUAGGAUGUUUUGAUUGCUUUUUAAACAAUGAUAUACGUGAAAGAAUUACUUAAAGAUAGUUAUUAGAAGGUUGUUGUUGUUUUUUUCAACUGACGAAUAAAAUGUAGAUUAAUUUUC